GGCAGUUGUGACGUCAUUUCGAUGGCUAGCGCCCUCUGAUGAACACGAAAGUUGUAAUGGCGACCAUGCAAAUAUGAUAGAAGACGGCCCAGGAUCACAACACGGAGGCCAACUCGGGCCCGUAUCAGGUGCAUUAGGCAUGGUUACUAAAUCGCAACAAGACGAUGGCAUCAAACAACGUCCUCAGUACUCAAUGCCGGGGAUUCUACACUUUUUGCAAACGGAAUGGGCACGAUUUGAAAUGGAGAGGUCUCAGUGGGAAGUGGAACGGGCCGAGUUACAAGCUCGCAUCGCAUUUUUACAAGGGGAGAGAAAAGGCCAAGAAAACUUGAAACAAGAUUUAGUUCGAAGAAUUAAAAUGCUUGAGUUUGCAUUGAAACAAGAAAGGGCUAAAUACCAUAAGCUGAAAUAUGGUACUGAUCUGAAUCCAGACGAUUUGAAACCUCCAUCUUUUGACAAAGAUAAUAAAGAAGACCAGAUAGAUGGAGAAAUAUCAUUGUCAACUUCAUCAGGAACAAGUAAUGCAACAUGGCGACAAGGUCGACAGUUACUUCGACAAUAUCUUCAAGAAAUAGGUUAUACUGAUACCAUAAUAGAUGUAAGAUCAGCUAGAGUUCGUUCACUUUUGGGCCUGCAGACACAAACAGGUGACAGUGAAGCCGAUAUUUCUCAAUCUGUACUUGUUAAUGGCGAGAACUCUGCUAAUAAACGAGACAACCAGGGUAAAAGAGUUGGAUUGAAGAAACUCAGCAAUAUGGCAAAUGAUAGUGCUUUGAUUGAUGCAGAGAAUGCAGUUAUGACCACCUUUGAUUUUUUGAAUUCUGGUAGUGUUGUUGAAGAUGAUGAUGAUCUCAGCGAUGAAAAUGAAGAUGGAAUGGCAGCUGAUGAUGAAGCUGAAGAAAGGCUGGAAAGAAAAGGCAUAAAACUAAAGAAUGACAAUAAUGAAGGAUUGGAUGAAACUGAUCCUGACACUGUUGAAGCCCUGGCAGAGUUUCAUUUUUUAGAGUCAGAAAUAGGGGAAGGAGCAGAGAAACAUGAUACUUCCUCAAGUGAGGAUGAGGAGUGGGUGGUGGAUCAGCGUCAUAUAUCUGAACUGAAAGAGCAAUAUAAAAAGGAAAGAAAGGGAAAGAAAAAUAACUCGCCUAGAGUGCAAGGGCCUACUCGGCAUGCCUUACAGGCCAUGCUUGCCAGUUUGGGCAGUGAUGAAGACACAUCGGCAAAUGGUGACAACUCACUUACAUCUGCUCAUGAUGACAGAGCUGACGACUUACAAUCUGGAGGACAAAUUAACUACUCACGGAAGCCUAUGAUGGGAAUGCAAGAUGAUGAAGAAAAUAUAGACAGUGGGCUUGGUCUAGGGGAGUUAGCUGGACUAACUGUCAACAAUGAAGCAGAUCCCAUGAACUAUGAUAUUUCAGCUCCAAAAGAAGUUUAUAGGAAAACUUGGAAUGCAAAAUAUACACUACGGAGUCACUUUGAUGGAGUUAGGGCUCUAGCUUUUCACCCUGUAGAACCAGUCUUAUUAACAGCAUCUGAGGACCACACCCUAAAGUUAUGGAAUUUGCAGAAAACAGUUCCUGCCAAAAAAGCAGCUUCCCUUGAUGUUGAACCAGUUUAUACGUUUCGUGCCCAUAUUGGACCUGUAUUAAGUCUAGCUGUAAGUCCAACUGGGGAGCAGUGCUACAGUGGAGGAAUGGAUACAACUAUUAGAUGCUGGAAUAUACCAAAAUCUGAUAUUGAUCCUUAUGAUUCAUUUGAUCCCAAUGUCUUAUCAGACACUCUUGAGGCCCAUACAGAUGCUGUGUGGGGACUAUCAAUACAUAGUUCAAAAAACCAGCUGCUCUCGUGCUCAGGUGAUGGGACUGUGCGACUAUGGAGUCCAGGAAACAAAUCUCCUCUUUUGAAUACUUUUACUGUUGAAACAGAAGAAGGAGUACCUACUUCUGUUGAUUUUGUGCGUUGCGAUCCAACUCAAAUGGUUGCAAGCUAUACAUCCUCCAAUACUUACAUAUUUGAUAUUGAAACUGGAAAACAGGUCCUUAUGCUGGAAACUAAAAUAAACUCAGAUACAAGUGGAAGCAACCAAAUAAACAGAGUAAUCAACCACCCCACUCUUCCAAUCUCAAUUACAGCACAUGAGGAUAGACACAUACGAUUCUUUGAUAAUAACACAGGAAAACUAAUUCACUCAAUGGUAGCUCAUUUAGAUUCUGUUACAAGUUUGGCGAUAGAUCCUAAUGGGUUGUAUCUUUUAUCAGGGAGCCAUGACUGUUCUAUUAGGUUAUGGAAUUUAGACAGUAAAACUUGUGUUCAAGAAAUAACCUCCCACAGAAAAAAAUUUGAGGAGUCUAUUCACGAUGUUGCCUUCCACCCACAAAAACCAUACAUAGCAAGUGCUGGCGCAGAUGCUCUAGCUAAAGUCUUUGUAUGACGUGCCCUAGAAAUGUUCUAGUCUUUAAUCAAGGGAGAUAUUCUCUAGCAAUUCCUCAAUGUUUGUGUGUGCUGUUUUGUUGUAUUGAAAUCUAGCCAGAUGCAAAUAUGUUUAAUGUAUGUAAAGAAACAAGUAAAUUGUUUUAAAUUUACCAAUUUUUAAUUUAAUUUAGCACAUAUUUCUAAUAAGGUUUUAUGUUUAUGAAAAUUAUUUUUAAUACAACUUGAAUUGCAUUAAAGUUGAUAAAACCACAUUAAUGCGAGUCAUUAAACUGUAUUCAGUUAAAAUCUACCAAACCGUAAAAUAAUUGUUUAUAUGAUCCAUUUAAAUAAUAUUGAAAACUUUUGAAAUGGGUUCGAAAUUUUGUCCUAUCUUAGUCAUAGCAAAUUGUAACAAUUAUACUAAUUUGGUUGUUUUGAAAUUAAAUAUUUUAUUCAUUUGUGGUAUAAUUUAUUCAAAAAAGCAGAACUAACAUAAUGUUGUGCACUUUGUAAUAUUUGGUAAAACUAUGUAUUGAUUGAAAAAUAGCCACUGGUUAGAAGCAAUACAAAAUGUACCUUUAAUCAUUGAAAUCAGAAUGUUGCAAAUGCCUUUAAAAAAUUUUAAGGUUAUUUGUAAUUCCACUUGUUUUUACUGCUAAUGUAAAAAUCCAAAUACUGGUUAUUAUUCUAAACAACUUUCUCUACAACAUUAUUAUUAGAAGUUAACUUGAAGAGUGUUAACACAAUAAACCGCAUAAAACAAUACUAACUUGACCGGAAAAAAUUCACAGCAUUAUCAGUAAUUUUUUUUGAAAAGCUGAUGACUUCUCUUUAUAUGAGAAAAAUCAAAAAUAUUGUCUCUUUAAUGUUAAUUUAGAUCAUUUUGGUCUUAUUCCACAAGAAUGCUCUAGAGCUGGAGAGAAUAAAUUCAUUUUAGUAUUGCUAAACACAAUCCUGUUAAUUUUUUGUUUGUUUCUAAAUUUUCUACAGAGGUUCUUCAUGUGAAUGUCAUCAUAACAUGCCAUCAGUGUACAUAUAAGGGUUUAAAAUGGUAGGAUUAGGGUUUUUUUUAAAUACAAAAAUUGUACAUGUGUAUGCUUUUUUUUUUCAAUUAGUGUCCUAAAUCAUCUUUAAGUGUGACAAUAUUUUGUGCUUUUUAAAUAUAGAAGUACUGAAUCUUUUGCAGAGCUCCAUUUAUGCUAGUUGUUGACCAAUUCAAACCUUGUUGAGGAAUUUUUCUAGCUUUUUCUAUUCUGUACAUUUUUGUAAAAAAUAUAUUAUUAUGUCCAUUGUAUAAAUUAUUUGUAAGUAUAAGUGUACCUAUAACAAAGCUAAUUCAAUAUAAACUAGAUAUGUAGUGCUUGCUUGUGGAGAUUACUCUUUACUUGACUAUGUAUAACUUUUAUUAUAAUUUUAUUAAAGGAAAUCAGGAAAGAAAACCAAUCUGGUUAUGAAUUAGGCUUAAGCAGAUUGUCAAGGGUGUUGAAACUAGCUUCUUCAAGUGGUCUACACUAUAUUAAAAUAAUGUGAAAUUCGACCACUUGUUUAUAUCUAUGGUUGUGUUAGUUUCUUAUCUUUUAGUUAACUUUUGAUGAACAAAUUAGUAAAUUUAUUAAAAUAUUUAUUUCUUAUAGACUAUGCUGUUCACUAUGUAGCUAAACAAAAUUGUACCAUUGUGUGGAAUAUUCUCAUAAUACCAUUUCCUAUUUUCAUUAAACUUUUGCUGAUUUUAGACAGUUAUUAAUUUUACUAAUCCGGUUUUAUUAUGGAACAAUCAAGUUUAUUAUUUAUCCCUUAGAAAGAAAAUUGUGUAGUUCUUAAAGCAUUCCUUAGAUGUUUUUCUGAAGGUAGCAUAAUUAUUAUUAGAUUCUGUAAAGGUGUUUGUUAACAUGUGAUUUGAACUUUCACAAAGGUUAACCUUCAAAAACAUUGUGCAUUAUAACUAUAUCCAUUAAGUCAUUUCUGUCUAAACUGUCAACAAUGAUACACAGUUUUUAACUGCUCUAAAUGAAAUGUUCACUCAAUGUAAUGUUGAUCAAACAAUUCCAUAUUAACAAAUUAUGUAGUAAAAUUCCUGAGGUUUUGAGUUGAAGAAAUGUUAAUUCUGCAAAUAUUGGUUUUAGAUUUUGCUGAUAGGUGGAUUUUCUUAGUGUGUAUAAAAUGUGACCAUUUGUUGACUUCUUUUUGUAUCCCUUUCUAGAUAUGUGCUGGUGUAUUGAGCUUUCCCAUGGGGUUGAAUGAUAGUGUAUUUGAGUUUCAUCUUCAUUCAUCUAAAAGCAUCUGUUUGAUAUGUUUGAAAUCUUGUUAAAUAUUAGAUAUUGUGAAAAGUCAUGAAGGUUAUUCAAUCUAGAUUAUUUUAACUUUCCUAUUGUAGCAGCACAUUGUUUUUUUUUUCUUAUAUGAGUCUACUAUAUUCAUGAAUAAAUACAUCAUGUCUACA